AUGAACAGCGGAGUUCAAAUUCCUGUGCAAUUUCACGAUUCUGACUUCCGAGAAGUGCAAAUUCAAGACCAAUCUGAAAAUCCAAAGUCUCCUUUCAUAAUGAUACCUGCAGGGUCAAGACCAGGAGGGUUUCAGCCGAUCGCUCUUUCACAGCUCGAUUCUGUUCCUCCAAUUGUAUCCCCACUAGAUCCAAAAGAUAUAAAAUAUCGAACCGUUCUUAAGCAUUCUAAAAGAAUGCGCCUACUCACAAUACUUGAUAUGAUUCUUUGUCUUCUUUACUUGCUGAUUGGUCAAUACAUCCUUUUGUUUUUAGCUUUCUUUGCACUUUUAGGCUUUUUUUCAUCAUUUAAGCUUAGCAGAGGUUUAUUGAUGUCAUACAUCAUUACAUUGAUCUUUAUCAUGAUUUUAAAAAUUUUAUUAGCUGCUGAAGGAGGUGCAGUUGCUGCUGUGCUGAUGAUACUUUAUUUUGUAGUGGAAGCUAUUAUUUUAUAUUUUGCUAUUAAAUUUUUUAAGCUGCUAGGGACAUUAGAGCCUCAAGAAAGACUAGAGUUAUUGAUGCUACAAAACGGCCCAGUUAGCUCAAAUCAAGGGAUCACAAGAAGUGAAGCAGCACAACCUGUUCAGAUCCCAAUAGGAAGGCCAUUAAAUGAACAAGUUCCAGAUAACAGCCCUCAGCUAACACCAGAUUUUGCAGCACCAAAGUUCACCAACUUGCAGCCUGUUCAAGCAGAAUUCCCAAGCUUGCCAAAUUAUUCUGAAGCUGAAGAGUUGCAUGUGAAGCCACUGACCCCAAGUGACAGAUUAGAAUAA